UGUGAGCAUCGGUUCAGCUCCUCGGACGCUCACUCUGAUCACAGCUGCUUCUAGGGAGGAGGAAUCACGGAGGUCCUCGGUAUUUGAAAGCACAGUCUGGGAAAGAUGGCAGCCAUCAGGAAGAAGUUGGUGAUAGUUGGGGAUGGUGCGUGUGGGAAGACCUGUCUGCUCAUCGUCUUCAGCAAGGACCAGUUCCCUGAGGUCUACGUCCCCACUGUGUUUGAGAACUACAUCGCUGACAUUGAAGUUGAUGGCAAACAGGUGGAGUUGGCAUUGUGGGAUACAGCAGGUCAGGAAGACUACGACAGACUGAGGCCUCUCUCCUACCCUGACACAGAUGUUAUUCUCAUGUGCUUCUCCAUAGACAGUCCUGACAGUUUAGAGAAUAUUCCCGAGAAAUGGACACCUGAAGUGAAACACUUUUGUCCCAACGUCCCGAUCAUCCUUGUGGGCAACAAGAAGGAUCUUAGGAAUGAUGAACACACACGCAGGGAGCUGGCCAAGAUGAAACAGGAGCCAGUAAAAUCCGAGGAGGGAAGAGACAUGGCCAACCGCAUCAGUGCCUUUGGCUACCUGGAGUGCUCCGCCAAGACCAAGGACGGCGUGCGGGAGGUGUUUGAGAUGGCCACCCGAGCAGCGCUGCAGGUCCGCAAGCGUAAGAAGAGGGGUGCCUGCCAGCUACUGUGAAGAGGUGGAGUUUUUUGGCCAAUCAGCACCUGAGGGUGGACUCCCCGCAACACACAGAGCAAAGUUAGAGAAACCUAAAAUCGAUGGCUUCCGUGGACUAUACUUACUUCACAGAUGCAGAUAUGCCACAGGCGAAUAUGAAAGACUGACACACCUGUUUAAAAGCAAAACACAUCAGCCUUUUUUUUCUUUUUCUUUUUUUUAAAACUAUAUUUCCUUUGCUACUCACACACUGUCAGUUUUUGUUUGUGUUUGCUGUUUAGUUUUCCUCCACCACCAUACAGGGCUGUUUGUGUGAAGGACCUGCCCCCUCCUCCUGUGUGUAUGAAUGUAUGUUUGUAUUUAUAUGUGCAUAUACUUUACAAAUAUAUCAUGCGUCUGCCUCUGUGUUAUGAUUGUUUACAGAGAUGGGUCUCUCUCACAUGCUCACUGACUCUCUCUCUCUCUUUCAGCUCACGGCUGCAAAUUGCAGACAUUUUUAGAUUUGCUUUGAUACAAUGGAACCCCCCCCCCCCCGGCUUCUCUUGAACCUGCAUGUACCACUCCAUCUCUUUUUAUAUCGGCUUCAGUCCUGAUCUUUCCAUCUAUUUAUCAUACCACUAUUAAUUUUACACCCUAAAAGUCAUAUUUCACCAAGUACUGUGUCAGCAGAGCUCCGUUUUCUCCAGUUCCUGUCAAAGGACUAAAUUUAGAGCCUGUUCACACUGCGCAAAUCCACUGAAACCUACAUAAACUGAAGCAGCAGCGACGAUUUGUGCAGAGAGGUGUUGGACUGCACCUUGGUCUGCCUCUCUUCCACGGUGAUAGAGACAGUGGUCUGUUUCAAAUUCAUUAUACAGUCGUGAUGUAUCACUGUAUACUGGAUUAACUGAGGACAUGUGCACACUGUACACAGCCAUAUUAAUAUAAAGACAGAUUAUAGGUCUAUUCUGUGUAUAAAAGUUUUAAUAAAAAACCCAACUGACAACUUGAUUGACAGCUCAGACAGUGUCAUUCCCAAUGUGCUAUCUCCUCAGUUUAGUUCACCAGAUCAGUAACUCUUGACAUUUUGAAAUUGGGGAUUUGCUUGUGUUUAAUAGCCCUUUAUUUGACAGUACAGGGACAUUCCUUAAAAUGUGAUUGAAUAAAUAAGGAUAUCUUAGUGUGUUUGUGUGUGUGUGCAUGCGCGCGCUCCAAGCUGAAAUGUUAAAUCAAAGUUUAACAUCUUUACACCAAUCCUUUUGAUCAGGAGAUUUGAACAAGAAAUUGCACCAGAAUUAGGAUGAAAGCCUGAGUGCCAACUAUCUCAGUGACUAAAAUUACAAUUUAAAAUACAGAAUAUUUCUCCAUUAAGUGACAGAAUCAUUAAACCACCUCAUCUCCUUACAGUCAGCCCUCUUGAUGCAGUUACAGUGAACCUAUUCCAGACAAUGUAAUGGGACUUUGUGCUGUGCUGCAUACUCCAUAUCUAGUCCUGCCCAGACAAAAGCCCUGAACACACUGUACACACAGGUGUAUGAAAUGGUCCCUACAUUGAUCUUACCACCAUCAUAAGCUACAGCUAUGGUGAUCUUUCUUUCAUCCACUACAUUCAGAUCCAUAGAGAUCAGAAUGUUGCAGGAUCUGGCUAAUUCCUGGACAGUGCCUCUAUGUGAAUGUCAAACAUAGUUCAAGAGAAAAUGUUGAUUGUGAUGAUGCUUUACUAACAGGAGUAGGAUGUGUUUGAAUGUCUGGAUGAGACAAACGUGUUAAUAAAGUAUUUUUGAAAUACUA